AUGAAAGUCUUCUUGAUCGCCGCUGUAGCUCUCGUGACCAGCUCUUUCGCUGCACCAGCUACCGAAAAAUCCCUUACCAAGAAAUCAUCUCAUCUUGUCGAUACUAUUCCCUACGAUGGCCUUCCUAGUGUCAAAGUCGACCUCGACGCGCUGAGCGCUGAGCGCAAGGCGGGACAAACCGCCACCACGAAUGUAAAAGUCAAACGGUCAAAGGUUACGCCUAAGAAAAAGACAUCGAAGAAGCCCUCUGCCAAGGCGUCGGUCAAGAAGACCAAGCCUGGAAAGAAGCCCAAGACGACCCAUUCAAAGAGACUGCUCAAGUCUUCGUCAACGGGCUUCAAGAACGGCCAGGAUCUUGUUGAUUCCUUGGAUAGCCUUGUUGCUCAGAUCGCUGCUCGGGGUGAUAGGAUUAAUGGAACGCUUCUUCGUGUCCAAGCCGGGACAGAGACACGCAAUAAAGGCACCACCGACGCCCUCAAAGAAAUCAUCCAAAUCCGCGCCGCCGUCUCAGGCGCACUAACCAGACUCUCCACCACAAAGAACCUCAAACUAACCAGCGAUCAACGCGCCAAUGUCCUCAAUCUAGUCGAAGAACUGGUCAAACUACUCCUCGACAUAGUCAACGACCUCGUCGAGACUCUAGGUCUCAAACUCAGCCUCAAAGCAUCGCUCAAGCCUCUCAUGAACAUGCUCAGCAAUUUCCUAGGCGGUCUAGCUGUUACUGAUGGAAAACUUACGCCAGAGUUGCGUGAUCGCUUGGGGGAUUUGAUUCGAGCUCAGAUUAACGGUGAUGAUACGCGGGGAUUUGAUGCGCUUGGUAGUGGUAUUAUGAGACGAAACUCGGCUUAG